AACAGAAUCCCUGAAAUCAGUCAAACACCUGCACUGGUGCACACAGAUAGACAAUAAUUGAACGUCUAGGAUGUAUUAACAGUGUGGUUUUGUUUAAUCCUCUGUUUCCUGUAUUACACACACACCCACAUGCACCAGUCUCACAGGUAAGGCAGUGCCCCAACACAUCCUGACAGAUGAGAAGCACAGAGCAGGUGGAGGAGGAGUGAAGGCGAGCGGAGAUGUGAUCAGCGUCUCCAUUCAUCAUGACACAGAUCUACAACAGCAACAAGUCUCACACAGCUGAAGGAGAGGUGCUUCUGGAGUUCCUGAACCGGUCGACAGUAUUCUGCAGCCAGUUUGAGAAUGGUCGGUGGUACUGCUACAUCCUCCUGGUUCUCUUUACCUUUGCUCUUCCUGUCGGGAUCCUGGGAAACAUCGCAGCUAUAAUCAACUACUCCUGCUUCAGGAAAACAUCAAGCACCAGCAAUAUUUUCCUGUUGAACCUGGCCCUGUGCGACUCCACCUGGAUCCUCACCCUCCCCUUCACCCUCUACUUUAUAUUCCAGAGGCCCCACCUCAAAGGCAUACAAAUAUUCUGCCAGUUCAAAAAGAUCUCCUUCAACAUCAACAUAUACGGGAGCAUCCUCUUUCUCACGCUCAUCAGCUUCGAUCGCUACGUCGGGACGGUGCAUCCAAUCAGCUCUCUCCGUUGGUGGGAUGUGGGUAAAGCCAAACUGUGCUCAAUUUGCACCUGGGUCACAUUGGUACUUUCUUCCAUUCCCGACUUAUUUGUAACUUUUGCUAUUCAGAGAGAGGAAAACAUCAGUGUGUGCAUGGACCACAUCCAGGGCCCUUUUAUCUAUGUCAAGACAAUCACCAUUAUCAGAACAAUCAUAGGCUUCCUGCUUCCAUUCAGCGUCAUGUUGGCCUGUUACAUAAAGACAGUUCGUGUUUUGAGGGGUCUCCCGAGAGGUAGAACGCACAGAGGAGCCCAGCGUGCCGGAGGGAAGCCCCUUCGGCUCAUCACUGCCGCCAUACUAGUCUUUGCUGUUUCUUUCAUGCCUUACCACGUUAUGAUCGUCACCCUGGUGUUCAUGAGGAUCAAUAACCAGGUCACACCGUCUAAUACCAACGUCCUGUACGCCUCCUAUGUGUUCUUUGAGGCCAUAUGCAGUGUGAGCAGCUGCCUGGACCCGGUGCUGUACAUUGUGGCAAGUGAGCAGUUCCAGAGGAAGCUGCUGGCCUUAAAAAGAGACAGGAAGCUGUGCUGCAGAGCCAACAGGAGGGUCGGGGUGAUUGGGUGAAUCUAAAGCUUGAAUGUUUUACUAGUUACCUUGUUUGUGUCCUUGUUACACCUGUGCCACUGGAAGAUAUUAAUGGGAAUAUUAUGAUGACCUGUGUAUGCUGGUAAAUUGCACUGUUAUGGAACUAUAAUAAGUAGACUAAGAGUAAAUCAGCAUUUCAUUCUCAUUUAUGCUUUACAAUUGUACAUACAGUAGUCUGAACACAUGUUGCAACUAACACCAUUUUACACACAGUUAUUCUGUUUAAUAGUUGCUUGACUAACAGUAUUGUCAACAUAUUUAAGAAAACUGUAACAAAUAACCAUUAUAAUUCUGGCUAAAGUGGAUAUUUUCAUUUUGUUUUUUUCAUCACCAAAAUAAUUUAAACGUUGAAAUAUCAAACAGCAAUUAUCAAGAUCUCAUAUUCGCUCUCAUCGCUGAAUGUUGGUUUAAUUGGUGACAAAAAAUAAUUAGCACAUUGUCCAAAUAUGAAUUAACAGUAGAUUAAAUUCAAAUGUAUGUUCAAUUAUUUUUGCAAAAUGCACUGAUUUGAUCACAUACUGUAUACAGACAUGUAAAAAAUGAAAGGAACAUCUGAAUAAAUGGGUGUAGAACUGUAA